GUGUAAACUGUAUGAGAUGGGAGGACACUUUGCUGGUGAGCCCCACCCUCUCCUGUUGCACAGACUGCUAGCAGAGAGAGCAGCAAACACACCUGGACAACACAAACCUGUGGGAUAUUCACAUUUGAACACAUAUGCAAAAAAGAGAAAGGUUCUCCUGAAGUCCCUUCUCCCCUGCGUCUCCAGAGGGCCUCUCCCAUGAUGAAGCUGACCGGUGCUAUUCUACUUCUCUCGUUGGUGUCGCUAGUCCACGGUGCCUGCUCUCUCAAUGGGAGGAACAGAGGAGACCUCUAUGACUGCCCAGCGGAUGUGUACAUUGUUCUGGACACCUCAGAGAGUGUGGCACUGAGGGCCAAGCCCUACGGCUCCAUUGUUAAACAGAUCAAGCAGUUUGCCCAGGACUUUGUGGACCAGCUCAAUACUAGAUACUACCGCUGUGAGCGUAACCUGACGUGGAGUGUGGGAGUGCUGCACUACAGUGAUGAGGUAAAGGUGAUGAGGGAGCUGACCAGCACCAAGGAGGCCCAAGGAAGAGAUCAGCUGAAGAGAGCUAUACAGGACAUUCGCUACAUCGGCAAGGGAACCCACACCGACUGUGCCAUCUCCGUAGCAACUGGGCAGCUGAUGACAGGACUUGGUUCCAUAGCAACAAAUGUACAACACACCCAUAACAUGUCUGCUACUAGUGAGGACCUGCAGGUUGUUAGGAACACCAUCAGCUCCAUAGUGUCUACCAUGUACAAGGAUUCUGAAUCUGUGGCUCCCCUGGGAUCUCAAGGCCCUGCUGGUGCCGGAGGGGGAGCGGGAACUCCAGGACGUCAGGGGGUUGCCGGGAGACCGGGAAGUUUGGGAGCAAAGGGGAAUGCAGGUGACCAGGGGCCCCAAGGACACAGAGGGGAGAAGGGUGACCGUGGUCCUACUGGUGACAGAGGUCCAAGAGGACCAUCUGGACAAAAGGGUGAGAAAGGAGCGGAUGGAGUGGACGGGAAGGAUGGCCUUGUGGGGGACUCUGGGGUUAUAGGCCUGCCUGGUUGUAAAGGAGACGAGGGGGCAGAGGGUGAUGCUGGAACACAAGGAGAAGGCCAACCUGGAUAUCCAGGGUUCCAGGGAUACCCUGGUCUGAGAGGACCUGCAGGUUUAAAGGGCAUCAGGGGAUUCACAGGGCUGAAGGGUGAUGUCGGCCUGCCAGGUGAACGCGGUGAUGAUAACGACCAGCCAGGUCGGGGAGGACUCCAGGGGCCAAAAGGAUACCCUGGUGUCACAGGAGAGAAUGGAUCACCAGGCCCAGUGGGCCAUCCGGGGGCAGACGAAUGUGAGAUCCUGGAGGUCAUUCAGAAACUCUGCUCAUGCUGUGUGUGUGAGUGUGGUCCGGUGAAGCUACUCUUUGUACUGGACAGUUCAGAGAGUGUUGGGCUGCAGAACUUCACCCUGGAAAAAGAGUUUAUAAUUCGAAUCAUCAACAAGAUUACCAAGUUCAGCAAAGACAAGAAGGAUCUAGGAUCACGAGUGGGUGUAAUUCAGUACAGCCAUGACGGCACCCAGGAGCUGGUAUCUAUGGAGGACCCCAAGAUCACCACAGUAGCACAGCUCAAAAGCUCGGUGAGAAACAUGCGCUGGAUUGCCGGUGGUACGUACACGGGAGAGGCGCUGGAUUUUGCCCGGCAGGCAUUCGGCAGCUCCCAGCUGGACCGGAAGGUGGCCAUAGUCUUGACAGACGGACGGUCGGACACCCGCCGGGACGCCAAACCGCUGUCCUCCCUCUGCUCUGUGCCCAAUAUAAGGGUGGUGGGCAUUGGCAUAGGUGACAUCUUCAGACGGGCGUCCUACGCCACCAUGCUGAAGGAGAUCAUCUGUCUGGGCACAGCCUCACCUGGACUCUACCUGAAGAUUACAGACCACGUGCAACUGCUGGAGGACUCCUUCUUCAACAACGUUACUGGCUAUAUCUGCCAAGAUAAGAAAUGUCCUGAUUACACCUGUCCAGCCAACUUCCAGGAAGCUACAGACAUAGUCUUUAUGUUGGACGGCUCCUCCAGUGUGGGCCAGGCCAACUUCUACAGAGCCAGAGAGUUUGUUGAGAACAUGGCCGCCAGGCUGCUGUCACAGGACCGGGGAGGGCUGCUCCGCCUGUCCGUCAUGCAGUACAGCGAUGGGCAGCAGCAGAGAGUGGAGGUGCCCUUCACUGCCAGGGUUGAGGAUGUGCUAGCGGGGCUAGCAGCUACGCUCUACAUGAACGGGGCCACCGACUUACCAGCUGCCCUGGACUUCCUGACCUCCACCCUCCAGAGGGAGGGCCGCUCUGCUGUCCCCAGGAAAGUGGUGGUGUUCACGGACGGCAGGUCUGUGGCCUCUGCCCGGGCUGCUAUCCCCAGAGCCGCCACCGCCGCUCUGGCAGAGAACACACAGCUGCUGGCCGUCACUGUGGGCGAGGGCUUUGAUGAGGCGGGCGUGUGCCAGCUGGUGACGGGACAGGCGAACGGGUUUGAUUACCGCGUUGUGGAUAGUCGUGUCCACCGAGUGGCGCUGUACAGUGACCUGGCCAGACGGGUGGUCAUGCAGAGCCUGGCUAGAAAGCUCUCUGUAAAGCUCUCUGAACGCUCUCUGAAGCUCUCCAAAGCUCUGUAA